CCUGUUUUCUGAGGGUUGCUACUGUGACAUUAAGUAAUGUAUAGAAAAUAAUCGACUUCCUAUUUCUGAGCCGGCCCGAGUUUCGUCUCUGCUCACGUCUCCUCCAGGGUGCUCACAACGGUGCUUUUCUGGGCGACACGCCGAGGUGAGCCGGAGGCCACGCCGCGGGAGGCCGCCCGCUUUUCUACCCCGAGGGGAGAGUGUCUCUGUGCUCUGGGGUGCUGCUUUUUGCGGAGCAGGGCCCGGAAGGAGGCCUGAGGCAUCUCAGCAGAGAGAGUGGAGGGAGGGCCAGGCCGGCGGCCCCCCCCUCCAGGUGGCCUGCCCAGGUGUCUUUUCUGGGGCCCCGGAGGUCUCCUCAGUGUCAGGCCGGGUCAUUUGUGUUUGAAUCGGAGCAACACUGACUGCAAACACAUCACUCUCCAUCAAGGCUUUUGCUGGAAAUCGCAGGAAGCCUCUCCUUCCUGAAGGAGCCCUCUGCAUCCUCUACUGGGAAAACCGAGCCCGUGCCCACUCUGAAGGUUACCCGGCAUCUUGGGCCACCCAGAUGAUGUGGAAUGGAGGUGCCAGAACUCACCCGCCCUGCCUCGCCUGCCAGGGACCAGCCAGCUCCUGCUUCCGCCACCCCAGGGGCCCCGGGUGGGCAGGCCUCACCCCGCCUGCCACUGGGCCCCAUCAUCCUGCCGCCAGAGCAGGGCCUGGCUCCCACUGUGCUCCUGAAGGCCCUGCCCAUCCCCCUGUACCACACAGUGCCUCCGGGGGGCUUCCAGCCACGGGCCCCCCUCGUGACAGGCAGCCUGGACGGGGCCAGCGUGCCCUUCAUUCUCAGCCCCCUGCUGCAGCCUGAAGGACCUGGUCCCACCGCGGUGGGGAAGUCGGCGGCCCCAGCGCUCACUGUGAACAUUGUAGGCACCCUGCCUGUCCUGUCGCCUGGCCUGGGACCCACGCUGGGCAGCCCGGGCAAGGUGCGGAAUGCUGGCAAGUACCUGUGUCCACACUGUGGCCGGGACUGCCUGAAGCCCAGUGUUUUGGAGAAGCACAUCCGGUCCCACACGGGUGAGAGGCCCUUCCCCUGUGCCACCUGCGGCAUCGCCUUUAAGACUCAGAGCAACUUGUACAAGCACAGGCGCACCCAGACACACCUCAACAACUCCCGGCAGUCCUCGGAGUCCGAUGGCGGCGGCAGCAGUCUCCUGGAGGAGGGGGGCAAGGCUGGAGAGCCCCCCGGAGCCCAGGGGGCACCAUCAGAGAGACCCCUUUCACCAGGCGCCCCAGCCUCUGGGCACUGCCCUGUGCCCUCCGAGCAUCUGCCCCCGGUUGCCAAGAACCUGGACCCGAAGUUGGAAGCUGUUCCCUGCUCGGGGUCCACGUCUGAUGUCAGAGAGGCGCCUUUAGACUCGGCCCCCCACCUCCAGCCCGCCAGCUCGCUGCCAAGGCGGAAGCUGCCGGAGCCGCGGACGCCGACGGCCGGCAGGCCGAGCUCCCAGCAGCCGCAGCCGGCAACGUCGGCGGCGGAGAAGCCCGGGGACGCCAAGGCCGCGGAGGGCCGGCUGCGGAAGUGCGAGAGCACCGACUCGGGCUACCUGUCCCGCUCGGACAGCGCGGAGCAGCCGCCGGCCGCCGGCAGCCCCCUGCACAGCCUGUCGGAGCACAGCGCCGAGUCCGAGGGUGAGGGCGGCCCGGGGCCCGGGCGCGCGGAGUCGGAGCGGGCGGCAGGCCUGGAGCUGGAGAAGAGGCGGCUGGAGGAGCGCAUCACCAGGCUCAUCUCGCACAACCAGGCCGUGGUGGACGACCCGCAGCUGGACCACGUGCGGCCCCGCAAGACCGUGCUGUCCAAGCAGGGCAGCAUCGACCUGCCCAUGCCCUACACCUACAAGGACUCCUUCCACUUCGACCUGCGGCCGCCGGAGCCCGGCCGGAGGCUGCCAGCCGCCCUGCGCGCCGCGCGCUCCACCUGCACGGCCCCGGGCAGGGCGCGGCCCGUCGUCUUCCACUCGGUGCCCACGCAGCUCUCCACCAGCGCCGAAUGCGUGCCUGUCACCCGGAGCAACUCGCUGCCCUUCGUCGAGGGCACCGGGACGACGUGGCAGGAGCCACCGGACCCCCGGGACGCCUGGCCCCGGAGGCAGAAGCCUCUGAGCCCCAGGCCCGCCCCCGCCCGACUGGCCGAUGUCCCCAGCGGUCACCCCCGGGCCCUGGUCAGACAGGUUGCGGUGGAGGACCUGCUGUGUCCCCCGACGGGAGACACCGCCGCCUCUGUGGAGGACCCGGAUGGUAACAGACCCGCCGUGGGGGAGGAGGCGGCCAACAAAGGUCCGGCAGCCGGGAAGAGACGUGGCCAGAAGCAGCUAAGGAUGUUCUCCCAAGACAAGUGGCAGGUGUACGGGAACGAGACGUUCAAGAGAAUCUACCAGAGGAUGAAAGCCAGCCACCACGCAGGCAAGAAGGCCGCGGAGGUGACAGGGGGCGGUGCGACCCAACCGGCCUGUCCGCUUCAGGAAGAGGCAGCAGAGCGCCAGGGUGCGGCCCCUUCCCAGGAGGAGAGGGGAACCCCUGUCGGUGGGGACAGUUCCAUGGGAGCCAAGCCAGUGCCCAGGGCAAGUCCUCCAGCCCUGGAGGGCUUCUUGGCGACAGAGCCCAUCAGACAGAGAGAGACAGUGGGGAGAGCAGGAGGCAGUGACCAGCCCUGCCUGACCAGGGCCGCCUCACCCCCCACCCUCCGGUGCAGAGAAGCCCUCUCCCUGGGCAGCAAGAGCCCCCUGCCUCCUCCCAGUGGGAGGCUGGAGCUGGGGUGUCAGCUACUCCCAGCACCUGCUUCCCCCAAGGGAGGUGACCCAGAGGCUCCCAGGCCAGGUGUGCCCACCCCGAAGCUGGAAGGCAGCACCUGUGGUGGUGGGGGUUCAGAGGCCUGUCCACAGGCCCAUGUGGUUCUGAGACGGCCAGGUGGUGGCUCUCAGGAGCCCCAGGCUACAGAGGACAGGAUCCCCUCAGAGAGGAAGAAGCUGAAAGUGGAGGAGUUAAGCUUCCCGGAGUCCCCGGGAGCUAGAGGAGAGACCCUCGGGGGUCCCAGGCAGGCCGCCUCCCCGCCACCUCAGAAGCAGGAUGGUGACCCUGCAGAAAAGCCAGAGGGGCUGCCUGGAAGUGGUGACUGCAUGGUGAAGCGCAGGGCUGGGCAGCUGGCUGAGCCCAGAGAGGCCUCUGGGGCCUUGUCUGCUGCUGCUUCUGGGGCCCCAAGGCCGGCAGGAGUUUGGGACAAGGAGCCUCUGCUUCGUUCAGCAGCCGCCUCCCAGCCUCUGGCUCCCUGCAUCCUCGCUGGCCCAGUGGACCCCACCUUUCCUCCCCAGUACCUUCUCAGGUUACCCCAGGGAGAGAGCCAGCUCCCACCCCCCGCCCCCCAGAAGCCAGCCCAAGGCCAGGACCCUCUCUGCAAGGCAGGAUGGCCCGAGGGAUCAGCAUCCUUUGUCGAGGCAGGGCUGGGGGCCCUCCUGACCCCUGGCCCAAGCUCAGGCCAGGCCCCAGGUGGAGCCGACAGCUGUGGGGGGGGCCCCGUUCGGUCCAGGCCCUGGGACAGGAGAAAGGGGGUGCAGGGAGAAGACAAAGGAGCCUUGGACACUGGCACCCCGGAAGCCGGGGUACCCAGGGGGACAGUGUCUUUCCUGCCCACCCCGGCGUGUGACUUCUGGAGGAGCGAGGCCCGUGACACACAACAGCUGUGCAGAAGCAGCGCCUUGGUGAGGGCCAGGUCCUCGGGGUGUGUCCUGAACCCCUGGGAACCUAGGAGGGAGCUGGGGGGCCCUUCUGAGUGUACCCCAGAAGGCCUUCCUUCAGGGCCGCCAGCAGGGCUCGGUCCCUGCUGCUCCCACCAGCCCAGAGCCUUCCUCUCAGCCCUCAUGCCCCUGGGCUGGCCUGAGCUGGCCUCGGGUACCCACUCAGAGACACCUGGGAGUGGCGGGGCACAGGGACCUUUCCCCUCACUCAGGGCCGAGCCCCGGCUCACAUGGUGUUGCUUGAGCCGCAGCCUCCCUCUGCCAGUGGAGCAGAAGGAGAAGGACGCCUCCGUGUACCUGGCCCUGCACUUCCCCAGCAGCAGCAUCUCAGAUGGGGGUCCGGACGCCUGGCCCACGAGCAAAGCAGUGCCUGGAGGGUGGACCAGGACAAGCCCUGGAGAAGGAGGCCAGACACAGACACUGAAGCUCCCCCACCCAGCAGCCCCGGGGCCGCUGCCCCAGGACCGGGCGUCGGAGCCGGAAGGGAGGAAGGGCCGGCCUCGUAGGAGGGUGAAGAUGUCUCGCGGGAGCAGCAAGCAGAGGAAAGCGCACAGCCGCUCCAGAAGGUACAAAGGGAUUUUCUUACACAGUCGUGUCCAGCUGAGAGCCAGCAGACUGCGGAAGCCACGCUGGGUACUGAGAAAAGAUUGCCCCCCGCCCCCACUUAAGGGACCGGAUCCACGCGGAACCCGUGGGCAGGCUUCUUCAGAAGUGGCAGGUCCAAGUCCAUCAGGGGAGCCAGCUUGUGUCACCUCAGAGUCCUCUCUUUGCGGUGGGAACGGAGAAAAAGAGGAGGAAGGCGGCAGACACAGCUCGAGACGCUUCUGUCCUAACACAGGUGCAAGUGCUGUCAGGGAAACGGCCACACCAACUGUGAAGGAAAUUUCUCCACCUGCCUGCGAGCCCCGGGACAGUUGUCCUCUGGACACGGCUGUCGGGUCAGAAUCAUCUCUGCAGGCCGACUCCUCAGUGGCUGUGGCGAAGGACAGCCUGCUAGCCGGCGGCAAAGCUCUUGACUCGGGGCUGCUUGAGAUGCACCGGCUGCCCUCCCAGGAGGGAGUCUCCGUGGAUUCCACCCCAGGCACUUUCUCGGAUGCUCCGGCGCCUUCUUCCGUUGAGUCCAAAGGGACCCCUCUCCGCCACGACCUUGCUACCUCGGCAGCUGCCCUCCGUCCUUCUCCAGAGGCGAGGGCAGGCUGCGCGGCACUGGGACUUCACAGCGUGGCACCGCAAGACCACAGUGGGGCUGCAGGGCAGCCUCUGGCACAAAACUCCCCAGAGGGCCUGUCCGCAUCGCCAGAGAAACCGUCUCCUGGGCAGAGACUUUCAGGCUCCGUUCCACCGGGGUCCCCUGGAGAAACUCAUCUCGAAACAGCAGCUUCAGGACCGGGUGCAGCUAGUUCACCCCCAGAGGAAGGGAAACUGAAGACACGCUCUCCUUCCGGGGGGCGCCAUGGGCGUGGGGAAGGGCUGGUCCCCGGUCCUCCCUUAGGCAGCGACAGCGGGGGGUGUCAGGGCUCCGGAUCCAUCACUCCAGAGGCUGCUGCGGUUCCGUCUAGCCCAGGGCAGCCCACAGAGGUCCCUGCAGCCCCUUUGAAAGCCCUUAGGAAGAGAAGCUUGGAAGGAAUGAGAAAGCAAACGCGGGUGGAGUUCAGCGACACCAGCAGCGAUGACGAAGAUCGGUUGGUCAUCGAAAUAUGAGCUUCCAGAGAAAGACCACUGGCCCAAGACCACUGGUGCCUCACGGUGAACGCCGCCGAGCGGGCGGGAGAAGGAAACUGCGUUCACGGAGCAUGCGCAGGUGGGGAAGCCCUGCGGGGUUCUUUCUGAGCGCCCCCAGCCACCUCUGAAACCCAGACUCAGCCACUCCAUGCCCAGAUGCCCCACCCCACACGGUGCCCGGCAGGCCAAGGUGGCAGUGAAGCAAGGCCUAAGAAGGCUGGACCUACGUGGUGCCCAUGGCUUGACUCCCAGCCGUACCCUCUGCAUCGCAUCCUCCCUCUGUCUCAUCCAGGGAGUGGCAUUAGGCCCAGAAACCACAACUGACCUGUUUACCAGCAAGUGAACCCCGCAGAGUCAAGGUGGCAGGGUCCCCCCAUGGUUGAGCUUGGGUUUGCUUCAAGGGUGGCAAGCAUGCGUGGGAAAGUUGGGGUAGCUUGCAAAGGAGACAGGGCCCUUGGGCCUCGAGGUGUUUCUGUUCACGCUGGAGACAAAACCCAGAUGCUUUGCAAAACUGAAGUUUGGUCAGAAUAAUUUGCCUCCUUAGUGGAAGUUGUAAAUAUACUUCAAAAUGCCUAUGAUUGGGUGAAAUACUGAGAUUCUUUCCCUGUUGCACAAACGGUCAGUGCUUAUGUGUGAUCUGUGGUAGAAGCAUGUACACAGCUCUCGCUGCGGGUGCCUUUCCUGUGGAGCCCUCUGACACCCUUGGUUUUUGCAGCUCUUGCAAAAGGAACGUUGUGCUGAAAGUUAAUACAACAGUCUCUGUAAUGAGUCAUUUUUGAGGGGGAAAAAUUCACUUAUUUUCCUCUGAUUCCUUCUGUCAUAUUGUGCUCUGAGCAAUUUCAAUUAGAGGGUUACAUUUUAGUAAUCUCUCCAGCUUAAAUUGACGCCUGCUCCUCGUGACGGGAGCCUUUUAGACUUUUCCUCCAGAAGCUUCGAGGAUACAAAACUAAUUGGAGUUUUGACGCUGUUUUACAUCUCGGUAAUUUUAUUUUGGGGGCUUGGUGUUACUUUGCUGUCAAAUUAAAUCAGCCUCUGUAUUGUGCAAGUCAGAACAGCACAGAUAAAAUUCCCCAGUACUCCAAGCCAGCGCGCCCUGUGCAGAGUAGCUGAUCUCCGGCAGCCGCCUCAGUGAGCAAACCCUCACAUUUCCUGCACUCUUCCUCCUUAGAUGGGAGAGGAAAAACUCAAAGAGGUUCACACUGCUGCAUUUCAGUAAAAUUUUAUACUUGCUUCUGGUAUGAUUUUGUACAAUUUGAAAUUUAUAGCUGAGCUCCUGUGGCUUAACUUUGAUGUCAUGAGGUUCGGAUGACCCCCCUGUACUUUAAAGGCGAGGCCACGGUGCAGAAUGUCUCGCAUGUACGAAGAUGCUUGACCACAUCCUUGCCUGUGGCUAAGGAUGGUCAGAUCUUAAGUAUCUGCAAGUGAUGUUUCAAUUUGAGGGCGAUUCCUUGAGAAACCUGAAUGUGAGACGAGCUUCCCCUGGUGACAUGGCAUUUGUGUACGGCGAGGUGAUUUCGAACCCAGCCAAGAGAAAAGGAGGAGGGAGGUGAAGAGUGUUAAGGAUCCAUGUACUUUCGACCCCAAACCAGCGUGAUGGAGCUUCUAGCCCUGGGAUUGUCACAAGAGAGGAGGUCUGGGAAGGUGGUCUGGGACCUGGCGGAAGGGAGAGCGGAGCCCGGACUUUGUCCUGAGCUGGCUGGGAAAUCUUGGUUAAGACUCCCGCCCUUGCAGCACCACAGUGUCCCACGUAGAAGGACUGAGUCAGGGGAAAUGAGCUGAAUGUGACUCCAAGCCCUGCUCCUUCUGAUCACACAAGUGGCUGGGAGGUGGCCCCCACGGGGAGGGGGCCUGCACCCAGGAAGUUCCAGUGGGGGCCUUGGGGAAAUAAAGCCAAUUGUUCUUUGAAGAAUGUGAGCUCAGGGGAAAGAUCUUUCUCAUUUUCCCCCCAGAGUUCCAGAUUUGGGGGUGCAGGUAUCCAGUUCAUAAACAGUGGCUCGCAAGUAAAAAAUGAGAAGCGAGAGCAGAGCACAACUGAGUGAGCGGAAGAUGGCAUGUCUGUGGGCUAAGUCCUGGGAGGCAGCGGUCAUGGGUGGGGGGGCGGCAUUGUCCAGAUGCUUCUCUCCCGGGUGGCUGCUGAGCUGUUGGCUGGGUCACUGGACCAAAGUCAGUAUGUCAAACUCCCAGUGACACUGACCUCAGGAUAGUCGAGUCAGGUGGAAGUUCUGUCCUUCUAUGAGCCACCCUUGCUGGCUGCCACAUCCCACCCUGGACUAAACAUGGCAGAGCAGUGAUGCCAUCUCUGACUCCCUGUGUCUCCCACAUAAAGGUGAGCAGGCUCCCACAGUUUCCUGUCUCAGCUGGUCAUUGGUCGUAGCAAUGUUUACAAGUGUACCUUACUUUAUAGCAAUGUGAAUGUGUGAAAAGCUAUAUUUCAGUGGAUUAAACAAAUUAAAAUUGUAUUUUGAAUGACCAUAGCGUACUCGGCUAUUGAAAACCAUCCCAAAGUACACAUAUUUUUUUAAAUGAAAAAAAUUUUAUAAAGCAACAAGCGAUCUUGGAUUAUAGAAAUCUUAAUUUUCCUAUGGGUUUUCUUACAGUGGACCGCAACUAUAGGGGUACCUUUUUAGGGUAAUAUCAGUGAUUUAUAACCAAGUUUAGGUUAUUUAAAAUGAAAUUUUAAUUCAGUAUUAUCCAUGACCAAUUGCUGCCGUUACUCCGUAAGUGUGUACCAUGCCACUGUUAAGGGAAAACAAAUUUAUUUUAGAACAGGGUAAAUGAGAGUUUAAAGAUAAGGGAUUCCCCGUUCUCCCCAGUGCUGUCAACUUCACUGUACCUUCAGGCGAGGGUCUUGGCUGAUGGGUAGCUCAGCUUCUUCUAAAGAGGAUGCUGACAGGACCAAGAAACAGUCCACUUCAAAUUCUUUUCUGUUCUCUCAGGGCAAGGUAUACAAAUGCCACAAACCAUGAUGCUUAGGUUUCUCUCCCCAGCUACACCUACACCUGGCCAGAUCUCACUUGUUGAAGAAGCAGAGAGCAAAGAGGUGUCAUGCCCCCCAUUGGCACCCAUAACUGAUAAGGGGUACUUCAUGUCACGUGUUUCUGAUGGGCAACCUGAAUCCUCCAUGUUCUAAAGCAUGGUGGAAACAACGCAUGCCUCUUGCUACAUAUGACCUUUGAGAGUCUGGCUGAAGCUAGCAUCCCUUUAUUUCACACCCUGGAGAACCUAGGGUUCAUUUGCCAAGAGAAGACAGAAAAAAGACAGGGGAUUGGUGCUUCUGGAUUCAGAUCAAAACCCUGUCAAUAGCAUGGUGGGUAACUGAGGGCAAGUUAAGCCUCCGCUUCCUAAAAUCCCUCCUCCGAAUCUCAGAUGGGAAGAGGAGCCUUGGAAAAAUGCAUUGUGACCACAACUCUUGGCAUGACAGAUGAGCGAUUUGCAGCCUCAUGCCAAAACGUAUUUCCUUGCAUUUACAUUCAUUACUUAGAAUGAUCACAUUAUUCAUUUUUUUUCCCCAGCAUAGAAAUUUGCAUUUUGCACAAAAUUUGCCUGGUGCAGCAGAUUUUUAUAGUUAUGGAAACUGUCAUCAUUAUCGGAAUGUGCUGUUGCUCAAAUGCCCAGACAUAAUUUAAUAUGGCGAGGAGAAAAAUGGUCUGCCUGGCUCUAUGGCGAACAUAUUUCUACAACCGCAGGAAACAAGGCUGGCGUAUUUUCUCACUUCAGGUGUGAGUCUCAUAAUUCUCGUGAGGGGGACUCUUUUGGCUUUUGAAACACUACAUUUCUCAAUAUGUAAGCACACUUUCUCAUCCCUGUCUUUCAGAUACUCCUUAAAUAUAGGUGUCAGCCCCCCGCCCCCAAAUCCCAUGUGCUAGAUUUGGGCACUGUGAAAUUCUUUUUACCCAUGCUUUCUCCUUGUGUGGGAAUACACAUAAAUCAAUCUGAAGAAACGUAGAAACAUUGCGCAUAUUCCUUCACCAUUGGAAGGAAAGGAGCCAAGGAAAAUGAUCAGCUUCUAUCCCUUGGAACCCUAGAGAAAGACUCAUUACCUUCUAUAUGCAGUCAACUCCUCAGAACUUACUACACCAUGGAUUGUUCACAAUUAAGAAGCCAUUGGCUUCUUAGUUGUUUGUUUAAAUGUAUUUCCUUCUUUGUAUGGUUGAAUUAUUCUGUUUUGAUAAAAAUAAAACUGGAAACGAAAAGGUCUUGUGUGAUUUGUUAACAUUUUUAACCAAAACUACCACAAAUAUUGUGCUGGAUAGUUUGUAUGUCUGCUUAUUCCCACAUAGUUGACCAGACACUCUGUCCGCCAUAUUGGUGUCUCAUUCUGCUCAACAGAAGAGCUAGGUAAUGGCAAACCAUCUCAUUUUCUUAUGCUGUUUCCUUUCCCCAUGUGUCUCUUCUGUCAUCGUCUGCCAUAUUUAUGGUCCAUAACUUAGAAAUGUGUUUUUAAAUCCUUCAAUGUAGCUAAACGCUGAAGCCACACGAGGGCACUAUCCACAGUGCAAUAAUCCCCAACUUUUCCCCUUAGAAUUGAUGUUGCUUGGAUAUUUGACAUUAUUCAUUAACAGAGAAAACAUCCUUAAUUCAAAAACAUACCUCCUUAUAAGGAUAAGUCAUAUACUCUUGGCAAGAAUACAUAGACUUGUUUCACAGACCAACACCAUAUCCUGCUAUGUCUAUACUUUCUGAAGCCACUUGAAGUCAACGGAGAUGCGAUGCAUUGGGAGAAAAAGGGCGAAUGGGUACACAGAGGAACUGAUAUACUAGCUGAUGGAUCUCCACAGCAUUUUUGCUAACUCAUCAAGCUCGAAUAGUGAUGAUCCAUUGUUUCCAAACUUCCGUCAUUUGAGAGCCAUCUUACUGCUUCUUGCCCCACGUGUCCACACAUAGGUACAUUAUUUACUUAAUACUUUUAUUUAAGUCCUCUGUCUUAAGCUAUUAUUUUCCUAAGUAAUAGAAUCUGUGAGAUCUCAGCCUUAAUUUGGUAAUUACAUGUAUUUUCUGAUAUGCAUUAAAAUAAACUUGUACCAUCCAUG